AUGUCAAUAUUAUCGGUUAAAGUUACUAAAAAACUCGUAUUCAUAAUAAUCCUUAUAAUCUGUUUAUUUUAUUUCACUUAUAUUUAUUUGAAUAUUAACGUUGAAAAUACCGAUGACAAGAUUUCUGAUAAUGAAUCGAUAGCCACGCCCCCACUCUUGUUAAACGGUCGUAAGCGUCCAAAACAAGGGUAUGUCGUUAGCGUUGUUCGUAUAGAGAAGAACUGUGGUGAUAUAAAAAACAUUAUGAUUGAAAACUGUCUAAAGUAUCUUGAUGAAAACGAAGACGAUUAUAUGAUUUCAUUUCCCACCACUGCUGGUGUCUCACCUCCUCCUCCCUGUGAUCGUGAUCAUUCACCAAUGCUCUUCCAUGUCUUCUGGAAGGGUCAAAUUACUGAUAAACUCGUUUUGAUGAUGAAAUCUUUUCUUUAUAGUCAACCACUUGAAUGUUCGACGCUCUAUGUCUGGCUUGAUGAUAUAAAUGAUACCAAUUUCAAUGACAACGAACAAAUUCGUCCUUUACUUAAAUAUUCCCCAACGAACAUUGAAUUUAAAAUUUGGAACGCUUCGGAACAAUUUUCAUCUAGUGAUGUAUAUGCUGGGUGGCAGAAACAUUAUUAUUCAACUAGAUCAGUCAAACUCAGUGACCUGGUCCGUUUUGUGGUUCUUCAUAAUUAUGGUGGUAUAUAUAUCGACGCUGACGUUCUCCUUGUUCGUGACAUGCGUCCUUUAUACUAUGCAAACUUUGAAUUCUCUUAUCGUUGGAGUUAUUUAAACGAAUAUAAUACUGCAGUUCUACGUCUUUGGAAAGAGAGUUCAUCUUCUGAAAUGGUGAUUCGUGGUGCUAUAAAAAAUAAUAUGAGCUUUCAUCCUUUUAACAUUAGUAAAUACUUGUCUACACAUGAAAAUUUUAUUCUUCAAGAAACAAAUAAAUUGAUUUAUAUGCUUCCACCUGGAUUAUUUGAUCCUUUAUGGUUAAAACAGGAUUCUAAACAAUCGUCAUCCGUAUUAUCUCCAAACCUUCGUAAACUUACUGAUGCAUUCGAUCCUAAUAUAAUCCCUGACGAAAUUCCUGGAAUUGAUCAUUCAAAAUUUGAUGGAUCACCUUUGGAUAUUCGAAAGAUAGAAAACUUCUUUCGUGGUAUUUUUACUUACCAUUGGCAUAAUCAAUGGGAUGUUAAGAUUCAUCGAAAAUCUUGGAUUGGCGUUAUACAAACUGCUUAUGAUAAUUUUUUGAGUGGUAAACGAAGAAAUUUAUAUAAUGAAUAUAUCUUUGAAUAA